CCUUCUCUUUCACCAACCAACCAAACAACACAUUUCUCGAUUUCCCCUUUUUUGCUUCUUCCCCAUUUCCAUUCCGCCUUUUCGUCGGGGAAAAAGGAAUAACAUUUAUUAUUUAUUAUAUAUAUUUUUAUAUUUAUUAUCAAAAUUUGAGAAUUUGGAAUGGGAUUGAAUUCGUAAAAUUGAGAAUAACUCAAUCGGCAGGCAGCGGCAGCAGCAGCAGCAGCGGCAGCGGCAGCUGAAGAGGAAAAGAAAAAAAGAAAAAACAGACGCAGAGCAAGAAAAAUCACACCCCUCUCUCUCUCUCUCUCGCUCUCUCUCUCCAGUGGAAUAAUAUAAGAUAAAGAAGACGAAUAGCCCAGAGGAGGAGGAGGAGAAGCAGCAGAAGAGCCAGAGAGUCAUGGUGUCGACAAGACGCAGUGGAUCUCUCUCUGGCAACACUAAUAACGGCAAGAGAUCUUCUUCAUCGGACGACAAGUCCCCUUCCCCCAAACGACCCAAGGAAGAUAAUGGCGGUGCAUCGGAGAGACCGAUGCCGGCAGCCGAGAAUUCCAAGGAACUGUGCUCGCCGCUGGCCGCCGAGGAUGCCGCCGUCGCUGGAGACGAUGGUGCCAGCACCGCCAAGGGAGAACUGACUCCGGCGGUGGCCGUAGCUCCCCCAGUCGCUGAGGGGACUUCGCCGGCAGCGGUGGAUAAUAAGCAAAGGAGUUCCCCUUCUUCUUGGAGUAUUUACCAGAAACAGAGCCCAAGUUUUGAAUCUCCAUGGUGUAGACUCUUAUCACAAUAUGGCCAGAAUCCCAAUGUCCCCAUCAAUUUCGCUACUUUUACUAUUGGUUCGGGCAGACACUGUAACUUUCCCCUUAAGGAUCAUACAAUAAGUGGGGUUCUAUGCAAGAUCAAGCACACACAGCGAGAAGGUAGUGUUGUAGCUGUUCUAGAAAGCACAGGAGGCAAGGGUUCAGUUCAAGUAAAUGGAACGCCUGUAAAGAAGAGUACCAACCGCGUGCUUAAGUCGGGCGAUGAGCUUGUGUUUGGCCUUCUGGGAAACCAUGCUUACAUAUUCCAGCAAGUCGUCUCAGAUGUUACUGUUAAAGGUGCAGAGAGUCAGAGCAAUAUGGGGAAGUUUUUCCCAUUACAGAGAAGGGCCGGAGAUCCUUCUGCUGUAGCUGGUGCUUCCAUAUUGGCUUCACUUUCAAGCCUCAGGCAAGAUAUUUCACGGUGGAAGUACCAGACGUCCAGUAAAAUCUAUCAGGGACCAGAAGCCCCUGCCCAUUCUGCUGUUCAUGAGGGCACGGACAUGGAGCUUGAUGGCCCAGAAGGCACCUCAACUCCAAAUCCAGCCAGUGAGAAAGCUGUUGAGAGUGGAGCCAUCGGCAAGGGUCUUCCUCAUGACUCCAACAACCAGGACUCUGGCAUAGAAGCAGGCAAUGUAAAAAUCUCUGGGGUGAAUCAUUUGAUAAGGCCUUCCUUGAGGGUGUUUGCUCAGUCAACUAGUUGUAAACUGAAAUUGAGCAAAAGUAUGUUUAAACAGGUAUUGGAAGAGGUAAAUGAGUGGACCCGGGAUUCUCAGGCAGCUUCAACAUCAGGUGCCUCGCUGCGCUCUACUGUGUUCAAACAAGAGAUUCAAGCAGGAAUUCUUGAUGGCAGAGACAUAGAAGUUUCUUUUGAUAACUUUCCAUAUUAUUUGAGCGAAAACACAAAAAAUGUUUUGAUUGCUGCUUCAUUUAUACACUUGAAGCAUGGAGAACAUGCUAAGUAUACUUCGGACCUCACUACUGUAAACCCCAGGAUUUUGCUAUCGGGUCCUGCAGGCUCGGAGAUAUACCAGGAGAUGUUGGCAAAAGCACUUGCUAAUUACUUCGGCACCAGAUUGCUCAUAUUUGACAGUCACUCGUUUCUGGGUGGUUUAUCUUCAAAGGAAGCGGAGUUAUUGAAGGAAGGAUUUGGUUCUGAGAAAUAUUGCAGCUGUAAUAAACAGGCUGAAAAUGUUAAGACCACAACUCCUUUAUCUGGUGAAGGAGACACCCCUAGCACAUCAAAUGGUCCUCCUCCUGUUGUUCCCGAAUCAUCACAAAAUGAUGCUGAGAAUAUAGCCUCUUGUUCCGGGGCGUCUAAGAAUCAUUUGUUUAAGCUGGGCGACAGAGUGAGGUUUACUGGCUCUGCUUCUGGUGCCUUGUACCCGACAACACCCCCUUUGAGGGGCCCGGCUACUGGAAAAUGUGGAAAGGUUGUAUUACUCUUUGAAGAUAAUCCUUUGUCCAAAAUUGGUGUGAGAUUUGAUAAAUCUGUACCUGAAGGUGUUGACCUUGGGGGCUUCUGUGAGGGAGGUCAUGGAUUCUUCUGCAGUGCAAGUGAUCUUCGUCUAGAGGGCUCUGGCGGUGAAGAUUUGGACAAGUUACUAAUCAACACAUUGUUUGAGGCUGUUGUCAGUGAGAGCAGGAAUUCUCCUUUCAUUUUGUUCGUGAAAGAUGCUGAGAAGUCUAUAGCAGGAAAUUCAGAUGCAUUCCCAGCAUUUAAGAGCAAAAUUGAAAAACUUCCUGACAAUGUAGUCGUAAUUGGUUCUCACACUCAUACUGACAGCCGUAAAGAGAAGUCCCAUCCUGGUGGUCUUCUUUUUACGAAGUUCGGGGGUAACCAGACCGCACUUCUUGAUUUGGCUUUUCCCGAUAGUUUUGGAAGACUCCAUGACAGAGGAAAAGAAGUUCCAAAGGUCACCAAACUCCUGACUAAGCUUUUCCCCAACAAAGUAACUAUACACAUGCCACAGGAUGAGGUACUUCUUGCUUCUUGGAAGCAUCAAUUGGAUCGAGAUUCUGAAACCCUUAAGAUCAAAGGAAACUUGAAUCAUCUGAGGACUGUUUUGAAUCGAAAUGGAAUGGACUGUGAAGGUCUCGAGACAUUAUACAUCAAGGAUCAAACACUAACUAAUGAAAGUGCAGAAAAGGUUGUUGGAUGGGCUUUGAGCCAUCAUUUGAUGCAGAAUCCUGAGAGUAACACCGACUCGAGGCUUGUUUUGUCCUGCGAGAGCAUUCAGUAUGGAAUCGGACUCUUACAGGCUAUCCAGAAUGAAUCUAAGAGUUCAAAGAAGUCGCUCAAGGAUGUUGUAACAGAAAAUGAAUUUGAGAAAAGGCUCCUUGCCGAUGUUAUUCCACCUAGUGAUAUUGGCGUUACAUUCGAUGAUAUUGGAGCUCUUGAAAAUGUCAAGGAUACACUGAAGGAGCUUGUCAUGCUUCCGCUGCAGAGGCCGGAACUGUUCUGCAAAGGGCAUUUGACCAAGCCAUGCAAGGGCAUUCUCUUAUUUGGUCCUCCAGGAACUGGAAAGACGAUGCUUGCAAAAGCUGUGGCCACUGAAGCUGGUGCAAAUUUCAUUAACAUUUCGAUGUCAAGCAUUACAUCGAAGUGGUUUGGUGAGGGUGAGAAGUAUGUAAAAGCUGUUUUCUCACUUGCCAGCAAGAUUGCUCCUAGUGUUGUAUUUGUUGAUGAAGUUGAUAGCAUGCUGGGCCGAAGGGAAAACCCAGGAGAGCAUGAGGCUAUGCGAAAGAUGAAAAACGAAUUUAUGGUGAAUUGGGAUGGGCUUCGGACUAAAGACACAGAGAGAGUCUUGGUUCUUGCAGCCACGAAUAGGCCUUUUGACCUUGACGAGGCUGUCAUUCGAAGGCUUCCUCGCAGAUUGAUGGUAAAUCUGCCUGAUGCUGCUAAUAGAGCGAAAAUAUUGAAGGUUAUACUGGCAAAGGAGGACUUGUCUGCUGAUGUCGAUUUUGAUGCGAUUGCAAGCAUGACGGAUGGAUACUCAGGAAGCGACCUCAAGAACCUAUGUGUGACUGCUGCACACCUUCCAAUUAAAGAGAUCUUGGAGAAGGAGAAAAAGGAGAGGGCUACAGCCCUGGCAGAAGGCAAGCCACCUCCAGCUUUGAGGGGCAGUGAUGAUAUCCGGCCUCUUCGUAUGGAGGACUUCAAGCUUGCUCAUGAACGGGUGUGCGCGAGUGUCUCAUCAGAGUCAGUAAACAUGACCGAGCUGUUGCAGUGGAAUGAACUCUAUGGUGAAGGGGGGUCGAGAAGGAAGAAGCCCCUCAGCUACUUCAUGUGAAUGUGCAGCGUGUCGGUUUAAGCUUCUCUGUUAUGGCCAUUCACUGAAAGAGCCAGUGCAGCGCAAGUAAAAUGAGUUUGCUCUGGUGGGUUGCUAGGAUCUUUGGAGCCCAUUUUGUUUGAGGUGGAAGUAUAGGUUUUCUCUUUCGUUUUGUUAUUUUGUUUUUGUUUUUGUUAUUUUUAUUUUUUUUCCUUUUUCCUCCUCCAUUGUGUUUGGUAAUGUUUCUGUCAAGUUUUGGCUUUUGGUCUUUGGUAUAAGCAAAGGGUGCAGAAGAAGUCGUACACAUAGUUUCCCCAUAGCUUCUGUCUUUAGUUCAACUGUAUGUGCAAAUUGAAUUCAUAGUUUUAGCAUAAGCUGUCAGCUCCUAUCAUCAAAAUUAAUGAGGAUGAAGAGAUUUACUUUCGCACUCGCAUGUAUCGGAUGUAUGGCUGAAAUUUUCAGUUGCCGCAUCAGCAAGAAUUCUUUGUAUACGGGGCUUCAUUGAGCUGCGCGCCUGUGGAUUUGGAAGAUGCCUUGUACCAUUUUUAUGAUAGAGAACAGCCAUAUAACUC